CUCUGGUAGUGAGUAGAAGUGAAGCUCACAGUUUUUUAUAAAUCAGUCUUUCACGAAUUUUUCUACAUAAGAACAUUUGUUAAACUAACUUAUUAGCCAUCAAUUGCUUAUAAAUUCCAUACUAUGUGUUAAAUUAUUAGAAAAUUGUACAGAUAAACAUCUCACCGUAAAGUGAAAUAUAUUAAAUGCUGCAAAGACAAAUGUACUAUUUUUGAAAUACCACAUAUUGCUGCUUCAAAAGAUGUGCAUAGUCAUUAACAAUUAUUUAGUGUAAUUUCUACCAAUAUAUAUCGAUGUGACGGUACGCAAACCAUACCAUUUCUUUAAGAGAAAAGAGAACUCGUCCGGUAUGCACCACGAGUGAACCGAAUGGAAUAUCCAAUAAAAAAUUAAAUAUCCCAGGAAAAAGUUGAUGAAUAACUUAAAACUAAAUACCUCAUUAUAUUAACCAAGCAAAAAAUAUACUUGUUAAUAGCAAAUUAUAUUAAACUACCUCAUCUACUAAUAAUUUCUGUGAACUAUAUUCUUGAAAACCAGUAAAUGAGUGAAAUCUAACUAAGAGACAAAUUAUAUUCAUUCGUGUACAAAACUACCUCCAAGUACAAAAGUGCUCAUAAGAAUUUAAUCAAAAAGUUAACAAAACGACCUCAAAAAAUUAAUUAUUCAAGAAGAAUAAACGAGAGAUAAUUCAACAACGAUAAUUCAGCGCUUGCUGGGUUAGUACUACCGUUUAAAAAUAAAUCGCUAGCAGGCAUAAUGGCAAUAUCGAUGCUGCAGGACGCUCAGACACGAAGCUUAGCCGCUGCAUUAGCUGGUAUCAAGCGCGAAGAAGUAGAUGUACAUAAUGCUCUGUCCAUGUCACCGCCAAUGUCUGCAAAUACAUCUGUCAACAAUUUAUAUCCCGGACUCCAGCACGCAGCUACUGCAACCGCUUUCGGUAUAUUAUCGCCUUCACAACUGUUGGCAGCAAAUCGGCAAGCGGCUGCUGCACUUAUGGCAUCCCAACUGUUUCCGCAACAUCCUGCUCUAUUUGGUCAAAUGUGGUCCAGUGCGGUUCCUCAUAUUCCAUUAAACGCAACUCAACAUUCACCUCCAACAAGUCCACACUCGCCAGUUACAGCGACGACUCCCACAUGCUCUGCACAAAGUGAUCUAUCUGCAAAAAAACCACGAAAAAUCGCGGUCAAGAAAGAUUUGAUUUCUCCUCCGAUGGAAAUGUCGAUGAAUGUUGGCGAUUUUUAUAGUCCUGCCGGUCCAAUCUCACCACCAUCAUCUGGCUCUUCUCCGAACUCAGCUCUUGAUCACCAUAACCGUUCUGAUACUACCAUCGCUACCUCUGCCACGAAAGACACCACCCGAGAUAAGAGUUUCACAUGUAAAAUCUGUUCGCGUUCUUUUGGAUACAAACAUGUGUUGCAAAAUCACGAGCGCACUCAUACCGGUGAAAAGCCUUUCGAAUGCCCUGAAUGUCAUAAGCGUUUCACACGAGAUCACCAUCUUAAGACGCACAUGCGCCUGCACACUGGUGAGAAACCCUACCACUGUUCACACUGUGACCGCCAGUUUGUUCAAGUAGCAAAUCUUCGACGUCAUCUGCGCGUUCACACUGGCGAGCGGCCUUAUGCCUGUGAAAUUUGCGACGGAAAAUUUAGUGACUCAAACCAGCUUAAAUCACAUAUGUUGAUACAUAAUGGUGAGAAGCCAUUCGAGUGCCAUGAAUGUCAUAUGAAAUUCCGUAGACGCCAUCACUUGUUGAAUCAUAAAUGUGGUCAGGCGACAAUUUCCAGUUUACAGUCACCGCCAACUUCACCAGAUGCAGCACUCAGCCCUAGUGGUCUCAGUGGCGAUUAUGGGUUAUGUGACCAGAAGUCUGUUAUGGGAUCAAGCUACGGUUCGGAAGAGUCUAUGGAAGUCGGACGUCCAGCCAAUAUCUCGGUCACAUCGUAUGAACUUAUGGAACACCAUCACAACGGCCAACUCCAUACCACUUCAUCGUCUGUUGGUACUUCGUUAAGUAUAGCCGAAUCCUUCGUCGACGAUGAAGAUGAUGAGGAAACUCCUCUCGAUCUGUCCGAAAGUGAUAUGAGCAUUGAUGUUGGACGGAAUUGUACUAAGGGAUCACAAGACCUUUACCGUAUUUUUCGCUUGCCAAAUCAAAUCAUGCAAAUGCAUAGUGAAAUUCCUGAGCAAACUGAACCUGAAGACCUGAGCAUGCAUCGAAACAACAAAACUUCAUCGAUAACCUCUGCAACCAAUGAAACCCAGUCUGAGGCUAUGACCAUGUUGCAUGAUGGUAUUGAUAUGGAUGACCUGGAUGACGCCACCACGCACUAUAUGCGACAACAUAAUUUUUCCAAUAUAAAACAGAAUGGAGUCCUAAUGGAGUAGGAAAAGGUGAUCGCAAGGCAAAGAGAGUUGAAACCAUUUUUAUCAAUAUUGCGGACAAUGAGGGAAAAUUCACUAUUGUUGCUUCCAGCACUUCUACGUUUCCUCAAAGCAAUGAUAGGAUCUAACGGUUGCGACCAGGCACAGGUUCACUAUAGUUGAAAAGUAUAAUAAUUCGCUAAUAGCGAUACUAGGUAUUCACAAAAAUUUUCGGUACCAAAAUAAACCUCAGUAGAGUUGACUUAGCGUUUCGUUAGGUAGUACAACUUUGGUUAAUAUAGUAUGCCAA